AUGAUUAUCCAGCUCCCACUCACAAGGCCGGGCAAAGGACCAGGCCUCCUAUUGCUUGUCGAUAGUCCUUCAGCGUCCCAGAUCACAAGCAAUAACCAUCUUGACCCCUGCCCACGUCUGAAAUGGGCUGAAGAGGGUUAUCUCGUGGCAGAGUUGAUGGUCUCGGGUGAGAGUGAUUUCGCCUCGGACUUCUCCAAUACUAUCUCCGCCUUGCAAGUACAUCCCGCCAACGAUGGCAAGCAAGGGCUUGGUCUCAUUUCUUGUCUCAACACGAAGAAUGGUGCAAAGGUCUCGAGCUUCAUUGAUAAAGCAGCCGAGAUUUCUGCGGUUGUGUCUUAUGGAGAAGGUCACCCAGUUCUAUCUUCAAAGCCACAUCUUGCCCAUGUGGCAGGCCAAGCACCAGCCGCUCCAGCCCAGGAACCGAACAAGAUGUAUACCUAUCCAAUGGCCGGUCCAUUCUUUGUGCUGCCAUCGCACUCAGCCUUUGACUCAUCCUCAGCCGCCGUCUCUCACACCCGCUCAUUGACUUUUCUGAAAUCUUCGCUCGGCGGACCUUUCUUCGAUCUCGAAGCUAUCUGGGACGAGCAUACUCGUUACGAGUUCGAAACACGUGCAGUAGAGAAGACCAUGGCCACGAUGGUUCAAGAACCUUAUGUCAACCAUGUCCCAACUUUGACUGGUGGUAUUGGCAGAGUCAAACUUACUGACUUUUACCGAAACCACUUUAUCUUCAACAACCCUGAUGACACGGCAUUGGAGCUUGUUAGCAGGACUGUAGGCAUUGACAGAGUGAUUGAUGAGUUCAUCUUCAACUUUACUCACGAUAAAGUUAUCGAUUGGCUGUUGCCAGGUGUUCCUCCAACAGGCAGAAAAGUUCGCGUGCCGUUUACAGGAGUUGUCAACAUUCGAGGCGACAAGCUCUACCAUGAGCAUAUUUGGUGGGACCAGGCGAGCGUUCUGAUACAGCUGGGACUACUUCCCGAGUAUCUCACUUUUCCUUACGCUGUAGAUGGGAAGAUGCCAGCUCCAGGAAAGCGCUUUGAGUAUAGGGUUCCUGCUACUGGAGCAGAUACGGCAUUGAAGUUGACGAACGAGAAUUCGGUGGAGUCUAAUCUCAUGUUUGAUUACAAGGUGCGGGAGGUAGAUGAUAAGUAA